CCCAGAGCGCGCACGCUGCCACCGCGGCUCCCUGCAGCUGCUUGGCCCGCUCGGCUCGGCCAGGCCCGCUCCCCCCACUCGUGGAUCUUUCCGGCUCGCCUUCCCUCUCGGUCUGCCCGCCUGGGAGGAAGGCAGGAAAAGCAGCGGCGGCGGGGAGGGGCCGCAGCGCCCCGCAAGGACCGGCUCCGACCCUGCUUCAGCUCGCGUUUCCCGGACCAAGCGAUUCCCCCCCUCCCCAGCGUCACCUCUCUCCGGAUCCCACAGGUUCUCUGUAGAAUUAGAGAGACAAUAGCAUCUGCAGAAUACAGGCUUCCACUGUGCAUCAGCAGAAAAUGAUGCAUCCUGUUGCCAGUAGCAACUCCCCUUUCUGCGGGACUGGAAAAACAUCUUGCCUUAAUGAUGACAAUGGGACACCCACCGAUCAGUUUGAUUUAUAUUCCACACAACAAACCAAGUAUAGCCACACAGUCGGGCACAAGCCAAUACCCUGCCAGAGACAAGAUGCAUUAAAUGAACCACAUUUGCAGACCACAAGUAGCAGAAAUUUAGAGACGAAAGAUGAACUAAAAAAAAAGAAAAAUCUCAACAGAUCUGGAAAACGUGGAAGGCCUUCGGGGACGACAAAAUCAGCGGGGUAUAGAACGAGCACAGGUAGACCACUCGGGACCACCAAAGCAGCUGGAUUUAAGACAAGUCCAGGUAGACCCCUGGGCACAACUAAAGCUGCAGGUUACAAAGUCAGCCCUGGGAGACCUCCUGGCAGCAUUAAAGCUCUAUCACGGCUUCCAAAUCUAAGUUAUACUUGUAGCAGUGCGGCUUUUCCUUACUCUGUGGUCCAUAACAGAGGAGUACAUGCUACUGGUGAAACAAGUAGCAAAAUCAAACAACCCACUGAAUAAUAUGUAUAGGUUGAUAAUAUUUCUUCAGUAAUCAUUUUUAAAUUAUCUGAGUUGUGGCAUGUUUUUUCACUUCUUUUGUAAUUUUUUCACAACUUCCUUUCUUAUUUUUUUUAAAGAUGGCAUAUAUCAUAACUAUAUAAUGUUUCUUUGUUUACAAGUGGAAUCCCCAGUGAUGCGCUUGUGUGUUUUCAAAAAGUAAUUGCAAAUAUUCUGAGCAACAAAAAUUAUUGGCUAGUCAUUUUAGUUGAGGAGCUAUUAAUUCAAAUAGCAGAUUUCCAGCUCCCUGGUUUUUGAGAUCGCAACAGAGAUUUGAUUAAAACACAUCAGAAUAGACUAAUAGAAGCCAAUCAUUCAGGAUUGUCUUAUAAGUAACAGUACUUCUAUAAAUUUUGCAAUGUAUGUGAUUCCUUUUUUUCUUUCUUUUUAAAUAGGAAUGAGUAGAAAUGAUUUUUUUCCACAAUUGCUGGAAUUUAAUACGGACCUCAGAACUUGUAGAUAUGUCAAAACUUCGAAGCUAUAUUUUUAGGAAGUUAUCAUUCCAGGCAGCCAUUCAUUGAAGUGCUAUCAGUUACAAGUAAUUCAAACACUUUGUUAAAGAAAUAGUUUGUAUGCAGCACCUGAUCUAUAGUCUUAAGUGCUUCUUUUCCAUUACAGUAUGGUAUCUCUCUUGGAAGUGCUAACUAUUGCACAUUGAGUUACAGUUUAUAAAGUCUAAGACUAUAUACACCAAAUUAUAAAUAAUGAAAUAUCAGAUUUUUUUAUAAAUAAGCUCUUAAAAGUGCUAUCAAAUAUGCAUUUAAUGGGCAUAAUGAAGGUUAUCUUUGAGAUUUUGUUCCCUUAUUAGUCCAAUUAAUUUGAGUGAUACAUAAGUGAAGUUCUAGAACUGCCCUGUAUUUUUCAAAAUCUGUCAAGAAAUACAACUUCAAAAUAACUUUAUAAUAUCUGCAUAUCUGGCAGCCUUUUUUAAAAAAAAAAAGUUAAAAUAUUUGGUAUAAUUGAAAACUAUACUUUUCAGAUAAGUGAACUUCCCAGUUUUAAAAUAAUUUUGUCAGUACAAAACUUCUGGAUCUAAGUGAGCAUAUAUUUACCAAAGGAAGACAUUUCAUGGUUCAUAAUUGGAAAUGAUACAGAUGAUGCACAAACAAGUUGUGAUUUGAUGUGUUUAUAGACACCCAGAUAUAUAACAGACUUUAGGAAUAUAUCUAUGCAUGGAGGUGCAGAAUGAUAAAUACAAUUUCUGAUUUUUGUGCACCUAAAAUAAAUGUUCUGCUUUGAGCUGGGUAUGUGUUAUUAUUUUUAAGGAUUGUAGAUGAGUGUGUAUGUUCGUAUGUAUGUGUGAGAGAAAAAGGGGGAAAGACAGAAAAAGAUGACUGUAUCUACAGUAUUACACAAAUUGCAUUGUAAUUGAUCAGAAAACACUCAAUAUUAAAUAGAUUUUAUAAUUGUUUUUCCAAAACUAAGUUUAUAUAUAAUUAAUUCUUAAAUGUUUUAUCUUCAGAUUCACUUGAAAGAGGUUGUAAAUAUUUGCAACUUUCAUUUGGAAUAGACCUCUUUCACAUUAUGUACAAGUGAAAAUUAACAGUAUUUAAUUUUUUCUUUGUAAGAUCAAUGUUGUAGCCUGCUGACGUUUUGAUGACAGCUCUGAUUCCAGUAAUGACAACUUAAGAAAUGGGUGUCAUUUCAUGCCUUUUUUAUCAGGAAAAAUGCAGCAAGCCUUCAGGUGUUCCAGUGAUGCCUAACUCAUAAUGAGCUGGACUUUAUCCUAUAUUUUAUAACAGAGUAUUGAAUUGUUUUGAGGAGACUUUGUACGCACUGGCAACCAUGAACCUCAACAGUACUGGAAGGCUUUUUAGUCAUGUAAGUUAAGGCAGCUAAACUGCUACUAAAUUGUUUUGUAUUAUUUUUGAUCAAGCCAUGUUUCCUUGAGAAACUUUGGAAUUAUCAGUCUUUUUUUCCACAGAGGUGCAACUUUUGACACACAGUGCUAAUGUGAGCUAAUUCUCCCUCAGGACAUAAAUUGUACUAUAUUGUCUGUUUUGUUACACUUUUCCCCCUUCCCCAAAAGCUGCUUGGAGAGAAGCUGAAUGUAAAAUCUAAAAAAAAGGCAUACUCUUGUGGCAAGAUACAAAUUUAUCUUAUUCCAGAAGUGUAUUUUUAAUCAACUGUAUUUCUUACCUCCUGUUUUUCUUGUGCUAUACUUUUUUUAAAAAUUCACAAAUGAGUUUGUUUGAUGAUGCCAUACAGUGGUUUGGGAGGUAAGGCAGGUGCAUUAUUGUUCUAAUGUGAUGAAUUAUGUAUUUUGAGAAAAUAUAUGCUGAGAAAAUAAGCAAUUUAUGCUCAUCUAUAAAAUGAAAAACACAUCCAUUAAAAAGACUAGUACAGUUUAAAAAAGGCAGAAAGGGUAGUUAUAUACUCAUUGGAUUUAUUAACCAGGCCAGGAGAGCACUGUUGAACAUUUCUUUAUUCCAAUUGCUUUUACCUUCUACUGCAGUUCAUAAGGGCCUUGCUAUAGAGAAAACAGAAGUCAACGAUUUGAGAUGUUUGAAUGAUAAAUUCAAAUAUUUUUGCUACUGCUGUAUAUAAUCUUCUGAAUACAUUGUGCUUUUUUGGUACACUAUCUUGUCAUGAUAAACACUGCAACAGCAUGUUAAUUCCUAUGCUUUGUUAUUACUGGGAAGGAAGAGUAUCCUUUCUUUCGAUAGUAUUGAUACAUGAUUUGUAAAGCAAAUGAUAAUUUUAUAUUCUAUAAAUUGUACUCUACAUACAUAAGCUAGGAUUGUUAAUGUGUAUUCACACUGCUCAAAACAUCUACAUGUUGUGCUUUAUCUUUCUUUUGAUUAAAUAUAGAUAUUUGUUGUAUCUUUUGAUAAAUAAUUAAGCAUUAAUAGGGACCUAUACUACUUAAAAGACAUAAAAAAUGCUGUUUACUUUCUAACUAACUUUACAUAAACUAUGGAACCAAAUAACUUUACUACUAUUUUUUAAGUCUUGCACUGGAUAUGUUCAAAAUUAUUGUAUUAGUAGUACUUUCUAAAUACAGCUUUGUCUACUACACCAAGAAUCACUUUUGUUUCAUAACUUCAUAACUUCAGGAUCUUUGUUCUGCAAUGGGCCAUUUAAAAUAAAUUGCACAUUUUUUUGGUUUCACAAGAAAUCCAGGAAAAUAAUGUAUAUGGGAUGGGAAAUUCCAUGACCAACGAGGCAGGAGGGAUUACAGUCAGGGCAUUAAAAGAAUUUGAAAGGCAAAAACUUUCAGAAUGAGAACUCUACAAUUAUUACCUAAAUUGUCAUUCUACUUUAUAUUACUGUAUAUACAGUGCAGCAUCAUGUAGUUCACCAACUACAGUUGCUUGCAAUCAAAACUUCUAGACUUGCUUAUACUCAAAAUGCUUUUUAUUAUACAUAUAUUAAAUAUAGUUCAUUAUUAUAAUGAAAAUAUUAGAACAAGCCCUUCCUUUUGGUCUCCUCUCCCAAAUGGAUAAAUUUAAGUUCUGCAAUGUGUAAUCAAUUUCAUCUUGAAAAUUAUGAUAGCAUAACAAUUUUUAAAUAUAUAUAUAUAUUUAAAUACUGUAGACUAUUUUAAGAUUUUCACUUUCACGACUUGUUUUUCCAUGGACAGGUUAUUUUAUUAGAAAUAAAAUCAUUAAUGUCACCAUCCUGUCUUCUGGUGUAAAAAGUCUGAUUAGAUAACUCUUUGUUCUUACAUCCAUGAACCUCAGCUACUCAUGUGCAAUUGUCUGUAUGGGAAUGGAGUAGUAUUCAUGAACUGUACUUAUGUCAUCAUUUGGAUGUAUAUUUAUUAAUAAAGUAAUUACUUUAAACACAAAAUAAUGUUUCAUUUUUUGCCAUAGAUUGCAUCUGUCUUUCAUAAAUUUCAUGUCUUAAAUUUAUAAAAUAAUGCAGUACCAUCCUACUUUAGAGAAUGAAGAACUAUUAAUCGCUUGAUGUUUUCUUUAUUUUAUCCAUUAAAAAUAUUGAACUAAAUUCUUUUUACGUUUUUCUUUUGCUCUGCUCCCCAUGUAUUCUUACAAUGUCUGAUUGAAGGGCAGUGUCCACAAAUGUUACUAGCUAUUGAUUUUAGUGACCAUCUAAUUAAUAUUUGUAUGUACAUGUGUGAGACUAGGUGUGCGUGACAGCAAAAGUAUGAAUGGGUGGCUUGUAUUUUGGAUGUUUGAAAUGACUUAUUUUAAAUCUGGAAAUCAAUUGAGUGGCAAGAGGGUGAGCAUCACGGUAAAUUUGUGAUAAAAAUGUAAUGGUUGAUUAUUUAAAAGAAAUGGAUCAAUUAAUUGAAUAUUAAUCUUUCAUUUUAAAUCUGUUUUCACUUUUUAAAAAUAUUUUGAAUAGGUUGUCAAUUGUCAGUUCCAUGGCUAACAUGAACCUUUUGCUUAAAAAAACUGUGCACUGUGAUUACUGAAAUCCUUUCAGAAAUAUUGCAAUGUCACAAUAGAGAGUUUUUAGUGGUAUUUCUUUUUAGAUUCUUCAUUAGAACAAGAUGGAUAAUUUUUAAUUUAAUUUUUAUGUGCCUUUAUGUCUUAUAUUAAUAGAUGGGCCCUGUAACUUUUAGAGGUGCAUUACAUCCUUUGGAGAAAGGAGACCUAGUUGUUCAUUGUUUCGAAUACAUUAUUUGCAUUCGUUUUACAUUACAUUACAUCCUGGGUUUUAUUCCUGACAUUUCCAUUUAAGACUGGAUAACCCUCCUAUCUAAAAUGCCAGAGAGUUACUGCCCAGUAUAUUCCUUAAAUAGAUGCAUCCUUGAUUUGUUACACAAACCUAUGAAAAAGCCUCUUGCAUUUAAAAUCUGAAAUACUUCAACUGAAAGUGUUUCUUGUGAAAUUUUAUAUAAGAUUGUUUGAUUUUGAUGACCUAUUUGUGUGUUCUGAACUAGAUUCAGAAACCAAUUGGUAAUCAAUAUGUGUAAGCUCUUCUACCAGAGCAGAUAGAGGUAGAAUUAAAAUAGUGCAGACAUAUAUUAAACUGUAUGCAUUUGUAUGCUUAAGGUUGACUAGACCUGAAAAUUGGAAUUCAGAAAAUAAAUUAAUACUUUUCAAGC